AUGCCAGCAACCAACCAGGGCUGGCCUGAGGCCUUCGGGUUCAAGAUAAGCGGGACUGGUCCAUGCUACAUCCUCUGGGUGCAGGAGGGCAGCAGUGCAGCAGCAGCGGGGCUGCGGCCGGGCGAUGAGGUGCUGGAGAUUGAGGGGCAGCCCGUCUCCUCCCUGGGCUGUGAGGCGCUGCUCGGGCUGGCCAGGCGCUGCAGCAACGUGCCCCCCAGCAUCGGGGUGGUCUCCCGCCUGCAGCACGCCGACAUUCCCCCUGGUCCCCAGGGAUGCUUUGGCUUCGAGCUGGCGAGCAGCAGCCCCCCACAAGCGGCAGCCGCCCUGGUGAGGUCCUGCCACGGGCGGUCCCUGCGGCUGGGGCUGCUGCGGCCACAGCGUGGGGCUGGCAUGCGGGACCUCGUCCCCAGUGCUGACACCGUGCGCCAAGAGAGGAAGCAGAAAGCGCAGGAAUUCAGCAGAAAGGUGGAUGACAUCCUCGGUGACCAGCCGGAGGUCAAGGAGAAGGUGUUCACCGUCCUGAAGCAGUACGCCGCAGAGCGGAAGGUGGAGUACUUGGCAUAUGCCCUCUGCAUGGUUCUCACCCAGGAGUCUCACCAGCAUCUGAUUGACAACAUCAGGAUUUUCAUCCCCAAGAAGCACCGGCAGCGGUUUGACGAGGUGGUGUCGCAGAGCCUGAUCAGCAAGCUCUGCCGCUCCAAGAGUGAGCAGCACAGCAAUCGGCUGCGGCGCAGCCGGAGCGAGGACCACCAGGAGCGGCUCCUUGUCUCCACCCGUGCCAGCUCCGUGCCCCGCAGCCAUGAGGAGGCCAGCAAAAGCCUGCGGAAAACCACUUCGCUCAUCAGCAGCAAUGUGGCCUCGGGGGCUGCCCGCAGAACUGUGCGAGUUUAUAAAGGCAACAGAAGCUUUGGCUUCACGCUACGCGGCCAUGCCCCAGUAUGGAUUGAGUCUGUUCUACCAGGGAGCCCAGCUGAGAAGGCUGCUCUCAAAGCUGGAGACCGGAUCCUGUUCCUCAAUGGUCUGGACAUGAGGAACUGCUCCCAUGACAAGGUGGUGUCGAUGCUUCAGGGCAGCGGGGCGAUGCCCACCUUGGUGGUGGAAGAGGGGAUCGUCAACUUCUCCAACGACUCUGACUCUGCUGAGUCCCCGAGCACCUCCUCCGCCCUCACCUCCCUGCAGUGGGUUGCAGAGAUACUCCCCUCUAGCAUCAAGAUUCAAGGAAGGACCUUCAACCAGCAGCUGGAGCACCUGCUGACUCCACCUGAGCGCUAUACCAUCUGCAAAGCACUGGAAGGCUUCUUCCAACAUCGGAAUAUUGACACUCUCAUUGUGGAUGUGUACCCGGUGCUGGACACACCGGCCAAGCAAGUCAUUUGGCAGUUUAUCUACCAGCUGCUGACGUAUGAAGAGCAGGAGCACUGCCAGCAAAAGAUUGCCAGGUUUCUUGGUUACAAGUCCUUGGCAGCUGAGCCAGAAGCAGAGGAUCGCUACCGCAGCUCCAUUCGAGGGGCCUCCUUGUGCCGGGGAAGCCUCCGAACCCCCCGCCCCGAGGAAGGGGGGGCAGCAGGCCAGAGCGACACCGUGGAGGUCCCGGUUCGCCUGAUCCCUGGAGAGAGACAGGCUGGUGACGGCACAUCCCUCCCGGAGACGCCCAACCCCAAAAUGAUGUCGGCUGUCUAUGCAGAACUAGAAAACCGCCUGAUCGGCAGCUUUGCUGGCAAGAUGGGCAACGCUGCCCUGCACAGAGCAUCGCCUCCUGCCCCAGAGCUGGCACACGCUGCAGGUGCUCGCAAGCCGGGGAUGACGAUCUCAUGGCCCAGCGACCCCCUGGCCUCCCAGCAGUGUUACUACCGCUUGCACAGCAGUGUGGCUUCCCCGACAAGCACCGAGUCCAACCCCUAUGUCAGCCUCGACAGCAGCCCAGCCCCAUCCCCCAAGCACCGGCACUACUCGCUCAGCCCUCUGUCGCGACGGAAGAAGCUCUUCACCUUCUCCAGGCCCCCACGCAGCCGUGACACUGACCGAUUCCUGGAUGCCCUCAGUGAGCAGCUGGGACACCGGGUCACCAUCGUAGAUGAUUUCCUCACCCCUGAGAAUGACUAUGAGGAGAUGAGUUUCCACGAUGACCAGGGCAGCUACGUCACCAAUGACGCCAGCAGCAGCGAGUACAUCAGCAGCAGUGACGAGGGCAGCUCCCUGACCUACUCCACGCUCUCAGACCACAUCCCCCCUCCACCGCUCACCUGCGCGCCCCCCCUGCACCGGGGGCUGCUGCACCGCAGGAGUGAGUCCAACCACAUGAGUGUCAAGAGGCUGCGAUGGGAGCAGGUGGAGAACUCCGAAGGGACCAUCUGGGGGCAGCUCGGGGAAGACUCGGAUUACGACAAGCUGAGUGAUAUGGUCAAAUACCUCGACCUGGAGCUGCACUUUGGGACGCAGAAGCCUACAAAGCCAACUCUCAUGCCUGAAAACUUUAAAAAGAAAGACGUGGUUGAAAUUUUGUCCCACAAAAAGGCCUACAACACAUCCAUCCUGAUAGCCCACCUCAAGCUCUCGCACAUCGAGCUGCGCCAGAUCCUCAUGACAAUGGAGACGGACCGCCUGGAGCCUUCCCACAUCAAGCAGCUCUUGCUGUAUGCCCCAGAUGGGGAGGAAGUCCAGCGUUUCCAGAGCUACAAGGAGAACCCCGGCAAGCUGAGUGAGCCCGACCAGUUUGUGCUGCAGAUGUUGUCAGUACCAGAAUACAAGAUCCGUCUGCGCAGCCUACAUUUUAAGACCACCCUGCAGGAGAAGACAGAGGAGAUCAAAGCUAGCUACGAGUGCAUCUGCAAGGCCUCUCUAGAGCUGAAAAGCAGCAAGAAGCUGGCUAAGAUCUUGGAGUUUGUGCUGGCGAUGGGAAAUUAUCUGAACAAUGGGCAGCCCAAGACCAGCAAAACAACAGGCUUUAAAAUCAACUUUCUCACCGAGCUGAACACAACCAAGACUGUUGAUGGGAAAUCCACUUUCCUGCACAUUCUUGCCAAAUCACUUAGCCAACAUUUCCCAGAGCUCCUGGGCUUUGCCAAGGAUCUUCCUACAGUGCCGCUCGCUGCCAAAGUGAAUCAGAGAACACUAACGGCUGACCUAAAGGACCUGCACACCACCAUCAGUGACAUACAGAUGGCCUGUCACAACAUGCCAGCUACCGCAGAGGACAGAUUUGCAAUUGUGAUGACUUCCUUCCUGGAGAGCGCCCAGCCUGCCAUCCGAUCCCUGGACGACCUGCAGCACAAGGCCAUGGAAGAAUUCAGCAAGGUGUUGUCCUUCUUUGGGGAAGACUCAAAAAUGACAACUUCUGAAGCUUUCUUUGGCAUUUUUGCAGAAUUUAUGAGCAAGUUUGAGCGAGCACUCAGUGAUGUGCAGGUCGGCGAGAGCCAGCGCAGCCCCAGGAUGACCUCCCCCCUUGCCUGGUGA